AUGACUGAUAUAGUCCUAGAAUCUCAAUCUUCGUCCUUAUAUGGAAUGGCACCACCAAUAAGUGAUGAAGCUAUGGAUGCGAAACGAAAAGCAUUAGAGAUUCUUGUUGCUCAACCUGAACGAGAUCGACCUCCAGUACCCAAUCAUCUUCUAAAUUCUAAACUUUUUGUUAAAUUAAAAGGUAAUAAGCUAAUUGAAGUAACACCACAUGAAAUACAUUUCGAUGGAUUUGAAUUAAAUCAAAUUCAUACACGUGAAUUACAUAUAUUAAAUCGUUCAUCUGAAGUUUUACGUAUUGAUAUUAUUCCACCACAAACAUCAUUUUUUCAAAUUGAUUAUAAAAAACCACAACGUCUUGUCACAGGUUUUUCUAUACAUGUUAAAAUCUACUUUAAACCAACACAAUGGCAAUAUUAUCAUGAUGCUAUACGUAUACAUACACCUGAACGUGAUCAUCAUUUAAUUGUACCAAUACAUGCAUAUCCAAUAAUAUUACUUGAUGGAAUUUUACCAAAUUCAUAUCAAUUUGCCAAUACACCUGUUGGACAAGUUGCAACAAAAACAUUUUCAUUUCAAUCAGGAGCACCCAUUGAAUUUCAAUAUCGUAUUGAAAUGCUUAGUCAAGAUCCAGCGCUGACUAUUGAACCAGUAGAAGGUACAAUUGAGAAAGCAAAUGUUACAAAUAUAACUGUAACAUAUGCACCAACAGCAUUUUGUACAUCACGUUUAGCAGUUGCUAUAAUUGUAUCACAAUUUCAUGUACAACCAUUUCUUUGUACCUUUGUUGGCAAAUGUAUUCCAGGUCUUGCUAGAGAUUUAGCUAAAAAAACUCUUGGCAUGAGUGGUCAACUUUCAACAGAUAAUAUUAAUUUAUUAACAAAAAAAUUACCAACAGCUACAUCUUCAAUACCAUCAACCACAAAACAAAAAUUAACUAAACAACCAAUGACAGAAUCUAUUAUGGACAAAGAUAUUGAACGUGAUGGUCUUCGUAUACCAAAAAAAAUUGAUUCAACAUGGGCUGUAUCAAAAGUACUUUUACAAAAAAAAGGCAAAGUUGCAUUAAGAGAUUUAAGAAGAUUCAAUGAAUUAUCAUUAGAAAAUCAACGGGGACUUAAUCGACAAAGAAAAGAAACAAUUUUUUUACAAGAUGUUAAUCGUAUUGAAGAUGAAGAACAACGUAAUAAAAUUCGUUGGCAAACAAAACUUGGUUUUGAUCCAUUAUCUCUAACAGAACGUGAGGGUAUUCUUACUAGUCGACAGAUAUCUUGGGACGAAUAUUCAAUUCGUAUCGGUCAUCCAAUUCCUGAAGAUGAAUAUAUUCGAGAUACAGUUAGUUAUUCUGAACAACGGACUAUUCGACCACUUGAGAUGAAAAUUCGUACGGAUGCUGAAUUUGAUCUUCAUACAAAUAAUCUUUGGCUUAAUCGAUUACAAGUUCUUGAUCGUUUUGCACAAGCAGCUCGAAAAAUUAUUGUCAAACGACGUCUUACAAAUCGUCUUAAAGCCUUACAAGCAUUUAUUAAAACUUUUAAAGAUGCUAAAACUAAUGAUGAUCUUGAUUUAUAUGUUUAUGAAUAUCUUAAAAUUCUUCGUGGUGAAACAUUAGAAACAGAUGGUCAUUUAUUAAUUAUUCGGAAUAGUACAAUUGGUACAUUUCAUUUACCAAGAAGUGAUGAAAAUGAACAAGAUAAUUCAAAUACUAUUGAAGGUAUUGGACCUGUUAAUGCACCACAAAUGGCUUUUAAACUUCGUUAUGUUUUACCUGCAAUGUCAUUAACUGUACCUAAUCAAUAUAAACUACUUAAUUAUCAAUCAACAAAUCCAUUACUCAUACGAUAUGAUUAUACAACAUAUAAACUACCUAGAUCAUUACGUAUUGGUGCUGAAGAUGAAUUAAUUAAACUUGAUGAAACAUCAACUGAGAAAUCACUAGAAACUUGUUUACAUCCAUUAGAAAAACCUGUAACAAUUAAUCCAAGUAUUCCAUCAGCUCUUCUUACAGCACCUGUUUAUCAUCCACUUACCGUUUUUAAUCCAACACCAGGAGUUAUGGUCUAUGAAACUCCAUUACCUUAUUCAGCAAUUGAUCCAGAUAAUGCUAUUUGUCCUGUACCAUUAAUUGAACGACCUGGAUAUUUAUCUACAAAUCGAUAUCUUGAUCGAGAAGAUGUUAUUCAAGGAACAAUGACAUGGAAAAAUAUGAGUAGCACAGGCCUUUCUGCACUUUCUCAAGUACCUACUAUGUCAAAUGUUUGGCUUCCGAGAUGGAAUGAUCCAUUUUCUCAAGAAAUUUUACCAACAAAUGUUCCAUCACUUUUACAUGAAAUGCCAUCAUCUGAUCGUAAUCAACUUCUUGAUGAUGAAAUGAAUGAAGAAACCAAACUUGUUCUUACACCAGAAAUGAUUCGUGCUGAAUUUAUUGAUUCACAUGUUGAUACAACAACAUCAACAAAUGAAAAACAAGAUUUAUUUCCUUCUGGUGAUAAAUUGCCGGAAUCAAAUGUAGUACUUUCAGUUCAUGGUCGACCUCCUCGAUUUCAACGUGAACAAGAACUUGAUUAUUUUCAACGUAAAAAAUUCGGUGAAUUGAUUGAUAGAGUAAAUAAAUGCAUGGAAAAAAAUCAUAGUAUACCACAAACUGAUCUAUCAUUAUCAUCUGAUAAUCAUCAUCAACAACAACAAGAGCCAGUAUUAAUCGAACCAUCUCAAUAA